AUGCAGAGACAGCAGCCCAUUGGUGCAUCUGGUGAUGAUAUAGAUGGAGUGUUAUUGAUGGAGGGAGAUUCAGUCACUCUACACACUGGUGUUGAAACAAACCAACAAGACAGUAUUAAAUGGUAUUUUAAUGACACUCGCAUCGCUCAAAUCACUGGAGAUCUCAGUAAGAUCUGUACAGAUGUUCAGUGUAAAGAUGGUGUUGAGAGAUUCAGAGACAGACUGAAGCUGGAUCAUCAGACUGGAUCUCUGACCAUCAUGAACAUCAGAACCACAGACUCUGGAGUUUAUAAACUACUGAUAAAUAACUUCGACAGUGAAAAUAUCUUUAAUGUUAUUGUACAUGCCCGUGCAUCUGGUGUUGAUAUAGAUGGAGUGUUAUUGAUGGAGGGAGAUUCAGUCACUCUACACACUGGUGUUGAAACAAACCAACAAGACAAAAUUAGAUGGUAUUUCAAUGACACUCGCAUCGCUCAAAUCACUGGAGAUCUCAGUAAGAUCUGUACAGAUGUUCAGUGUAAUGAAGGUACUGAGAGAUUCAGAGACAGACUGAAGCUGGAUCAUCAGACUGGAUCUCUGACCAUCGUGAACAUCAGAACCACAGACUCUGGAGUUUAUAAACUACUGAUAAAUAGCAGCAACAUCAACAGUGAAAAUAUCUUCAGUGUUAUUGUACAUGGUGUUCCUGCUGUUGAACAAGAUAAAAUAAAGAGAAAGUCAGUGAAGGAGGGAGAAUCUAUUACUUUACAUUCGGAUGGAGUAAAAAAAACAAAUCAUUUAAAGAUGUGGUAUUUUAAAGACACUCUCAUCGCUGUAAUCACUGGAGAUCAGAGUGAGAUCUGUACAGAUGUUCAGUGUGAAGAGAGAUUCAGAGACAGACUGAAGCUGGAUCAUCAGACUGGAUCUCUGACCAUCACAGACACCAGAACCACAGACUCUGGACUUUAUAAACUACAGAUCUUCAGCAGCAGAUUCAGCAUCAUAAAGACAUUCAGUGUUAGUGUCACUGCUGUUCCAGAUUCAACUGUUGCUGCUGCUGUUGUUGCAGCUGUUCUGCUGGUUGCAGCUGCUGCAGAAAAAAGGACACUGCACAAGGUUCAGGAUCAGGAGAAUGGUGAAGAAGCAUCACUCCUUAUUCACUCCUUGUUCAUGCAGAUGGUUGUUGCUGAUCGGACAUACCUUAAUAAUACUGAGACCCCACAUAUGGGUGCUGCUGGAGAGAAACUCGCUGAUCAUUCUGACAAAAAACUGAAGGGUGCUGCUGGAGAGAAAUCCCCUGUUCGCACUGACACCGCGGUGAAGAGUGCUCCUGAAGAGAAAUCGCCUGUUCGCACUGACACUGACCCUGCGGAUGGGUGCUGCUAAAGGGGGCAGACCUUAAUAACCUCUGCUAAGACCUUGCAGACAGGUUCUGCUAAAGGGGGACGAGACUGAGACCAAAAGGCCAAAAGAGACCAAAAGGAUAAAAUAAAACAUUUCAUCACAUUUUGAAUCUUUGAGGUGUUCAGUUUGAGCAGAUGAUUUUAGCAUCACUGUCAUUGUAAGAGCACAUUUCCUCAGUACAUUCAGCAUCGGGGCCAUAUUCGCUAUCUCAACCAUAUUCUCAAAACUAUCAUUUUCAGUGUCCUCAAAAUCAAUAUUCUGAUUGCUGUCAUCUUAUUCACCACAUCCACCAUAAAAUGACAGUGACACUUAUAGUUGAUAGCAUACAGUAAUGCCAUUUAAGAUGUUUCAAGUUUUGCUGAUGACAUUCUCUUGCUUUAUACCUGUGGUAAUUAUAAGUAAAUCAUUGUAUCAUCACUGUCUAACAAACAUUGCCAUUUUGAGGAAUAAAGGUGAAUUGCAUUAAUUGAAUCAUCAGAUAUUUAAUUAUUGUUACAGAGAAAAAAUAUACUUACACUAUUGCGCUAUCCUUUACACUUUUGUCUUUUUUAAACAAAAAGUUAAUUAGAAAACAGACAUUCUUUUACAGUUUUUUUUUUCUUUUUUUUUUUUUUCUUGUUAUAUUGUUUACAAUGAAUAUAUUGAGGAAUACUAAGAAGGUUGAUGCCUAACUUUAAAAAAUGAAUGACUGGGAGGGUAGUGAAUGAUGUUCCGGGUCGCUAUAGCCCCAAUGUACACAUUUAAAGGUUAAUCACUAGCAUUUAAACUGUAAGACCCCGUAACACACUAAUCUGUUUUAAUAAGAUUCUUAGCAAUUAUAUAAUGCAAGAUGCAAGCACUCUUCACAGACCAUAUGCACAAAUGAGAAUUUGAAGGUGAAAUGCUGAUGUGAAUGAUUCUGGAUAAAAAAAUAAAAAUUGAUUUAAAAAAAAAAAAAGUAAUUAAAUAUGGCUAUCACUGUUUUGUAGUAAAUAAAGUAAGCUACUGUUGUUAUAUAUUAAUUAAAAAAUGUGCGUAGGCCUAUGUCAUUAGGAAGCAAAGCACUCCACUUGUUUCGGUUUUAUGAAAGGAACAUGCUUGAAUGAGAAAAUAAAGUGCAGGACAUGCUCAAUGUUAAAGAGCUAUUUAGCACAAUGAGCCACAGAAAAGAUCUCAAUGUGUUAUUCGUGCUGACUGACACAAACCUGAAGCGCACACACAGAAAACCUCCUCUCUAUGACAACAUGACCCCAAAUUCAGUCUUCAUGGCAUAUUGUGCUUGAAUGUUCAGAUAAAAUUCUAAAUACGUCUCUUGGUGAGUUGUAUAAUUGAAUUGUU